CCCUCCGCGUUGGCCACUCCCGGAAGCGUCGGUGGAGGGUCCCCCAUGGAGCAGGAUCCCAGCGUCCUGAAUGCUACCCCAGCUCCGACCGCGCUCUUCGCCUGGGGGGCAAAUAGCUACGGGCAACUUGGCCUUGGCCAUAAGGAAGAUGUACUCUUGCCCCAACAGCUGAAUGACUUCUGUAAACCUGUGUGUAUUAGGAGGAUCACGGGAGGAGGGGGCCACUCAGCUGUCAUUACAGAUGGAGGAAGUCUUUUUGUUUGUGGCCUGAACAAAGACGGGCAGUUGGGGCUUGGUCACACGGAGGAUGUUCUGUUUUUUACACCCUGCAAAUCGCUCCUUGGCUGUCCCAUCCGACAGGUGGCCUGUGGCUGGGACUUUACCAUUAUUCUCACAGAAAACGGUCAGGUUCUCUCAUGUGGAUCCAACUCCUUUGGCCAGUUAGGGGUUCCUCAUGGGCCUCAAAGAUGCCUGGUUCCCCAGGCCAUUGAGCUCCUGAGAGAGAAGGUUGUUAGCAUUGCUGCUGGACUGAGGCAUGCGUUAGCCGCUACAGCGAGUGGCAUCGUGUUCCAGUGGGGAACCGGCUUGGCAUCUUCUGGACGGCGGUUGUGCCCUGGGCAGACUCUCCCACUGUUUUUGACAGCAAAGGAACCCAGCAGAGUGACAGGCCUAGAGAACUCUAAAGCAAUAUGUGUUGCGGCUGGCUCCGAGCACUCGGCUUCGCUGACAGACGCCGGAGAGCUGUAUGUUUGGGGACGCAACAAGCACGGGCAGCUGGCUGCCCAGGCUGCUUUCCUUCCUGUGCCCCAGGAAGUAGAAGCUCAUUGUUUUCAGAGUGAAAAGGUCACCGCUGUCUGGAGUGGGUGGACACACCUGGUUGCUCAGACAGAAACGGGCAAGGUGUUUACCUGGGGCCGAGCGGACUACGGUCAACUAGGGAGGAAGCUGGAGUCUCCCGAAGGCCGGAAACCAGAAAAGCAGGGCCCCCCGCUCCGCUGCUUGGGACCGCAGAAGAGCACGCCUUCGUGUCUGCACUGCCUAACAGGCGCGACUGAGGUCUCUUGUGGCUCAGAACAUAAUCUGGCCGUGGUUGGCGGGACCUGCUGCUCCUGGGGCUGGAACGAGCACGGCAUGUGCGGCGAUGGCGGCGAAGCCCACGUCUGGGCCCCGAAGCCCGUGCAGGCUCUGCGGCCGUCGUCGGUGCUCCUCGUGGGCUGCGGGGCCGGCCACUCCCUGGCCCUCUGCCAGCUGCCUGCCUGCCCUCCUCCAGUGGCCGGUGAGGACGCCCAAUCUCAGGAAGCACGGAGAGACAACCAGCACUGCCUGCCCCAAGCCAAUCCUACAGGUGCAGAAAUGGGGGGCUUGUGACAGAGACCCUUUAAUAAAGUGGCUUUUCCCACUCA